AUGAAGUACAUCACUCUACUACUGUUAAUCCUUUCUAUUACCAUUGUUGUUGACAAUCGUCCAAUUCAAACUCAUACAAGUACAAGACACCAAGAAGAAAUUGGAAACUUAUUUGAUUUAUUUAGACCUGGUUUUCAAUACACUGGCAAUCAUUCCAUCAAUAAUGUUAAAAUCAAUACUAAAAGUAAUAUCCAAUAUUCACCAAUCAUACUAGUUGGUGGAUUGGGUGGUUCUGCACUCAUGUCACAGAGAAAUCAAUCGACCAGUGAACCUCAUUGGUGGUGUGAAAAAACUACUGAUCCAUUUCAAAUCUGGUUAUCUGUUAAAGAGAUGGUUCCCUUCUUUACAGAAGAUUGCUUUGUCAAUGACAUGUCGCUUAUAUUGAAGGAUGGAUUAGUUCGCCAAAAAGAUUCACGUGUGAAGAUUUUCGGAAAGGAUGUUGGGGGAUUGGAUGGAUUGAAUUCAAUUCUCUCUGAAUUUCAAAGCAAGUUUUACUACAUGAAGCCAAUAGCAGAUUUCCUCGUUGCAAAUGGAAAUUAUCAAGUUGGAAAGAGUUUGAGAGGUUUCACAUACGAUUGGAGAUUGAGUGUGAGAGAGUGGGCAAAUAAUACCAAUUCUGUUGGUGGAGAUUUCUUCAUUUUGAAAAAACUGAUUGAGGAUACUUAUACCAUUAAUGGAAAUGUGAAGGUUUCACUAUUGGGACAUUCAAUGGGAGCACCUUUCUUACAAUAUUUCCUUGCCAACUUUGUAAAUCAAGCAUGGAAAGAUCAGUAUAUUUAUAAUUACAUUCCAGUGGCUGGUCCUUUCGAUGGAAGUCCAUUUUCAUUGAUACUAUUCGCACUUGGAACUAAUUGGCAAAUUCCAACAUUCGAAUUUGAAAAGGCAAGAAAAAUUGUCAGAGAAUUUCCUUCAGUAUUAUUCAUGUCUCCAAACAAAUUUCCUUACAAUUAUCCAUUUUUCACCUAUGGAACUCAAAAUUAUCAUGUUGAGCUUUCGGAUAUUGAAAAUUUCUUUUCAAAUGCUCAAGUUCCAAAUGGAUACAAACUCUACCAACAUGAAUACAGCCAAUACAAGAAUAAUCGAUAUAAUGCACCUAAUGUAACCACCCAUUGCAUCUAUGGUUAUGGAAUUCCAACAGUAACUCACAUUGAAUAUUCAGGCAGCAAGGAAUUGAAAGACUUGACCUAUAAAGACGUCCUCAACAAUAUGAAUACAGUGAAUAGAGAAGAUGGUGAUGGAACUGUGCCAUUAUAUUCAAUGCAAAUUUGUGAUGAGUUUGCCAAAUAUCAACAACAGCAAGUUCAUGUCCAUCGAUUUUUCAAUUCCACUCACGGAAGUAUCAUGAAUGAAGAGAGGGUCUUCCGAACCAUUCUGAAUAUUCUCCAAUUUAAUUAA